CAAGAUGGCGGCCGUCAAGAACUGAAAAUGUCUCUCUUUGGAUUGAUCGAUUACGAAGGAACUUCUUCAAGCUCCUCUGAAUCUGAUGAAGAAACACCUACAGAGGGAUCUUCUGCUUAUAAAUUAGGCAAGAAUUUAGCCAUCGAUGGUGAGGAAGAUGGUGAAAAACUAGUUCUACCGUCGCCAUUAUUGGGGCCUUCAGAACCUUCUUCUUCUAAAGAAUUCUCAACUCGAACCUUCCAACGAUCUUCUAUAUUUUAUAAUCCUUUCAAAGCAGAGGAGAAGAGAAAACUCGAUGUACUGGAAAAGCAUGUUCAUUUAACAAAGAGUGUGCCUUCAUCUAAGAAUAACAAAAGAAUUUGCUACAAGUUUCAAAAAGGGAAGUGUCGCUUUGGAGAUAAUUGCAGGUUUGCUCACGCUACGAAUAUCAUAAAACCAGAGGCUGUUAACGAAGACAACGAUGCUAAAAAGGUUGCAGGAGACGAUGUUCAUAUCAACAGGACAGAAAUACCAUAUAAUCCAGAAAACGACGGGGAUGAGUGGGAGGAAGCGAAGCCAAAGAAGCGGAGAGUUGGAGUCACAGAUUCUCUUGUCCCUCCAAAAAAGGCUAUGAAGGCGUAUGAACAACAAAAAAGCAGAGAAAAACCUUGGAAGAAUUGAAAUAGUUCGGUCUUCCUUCAUGUGGGAAGUCAGAUCAGAUAGAUAUAUUUCAAAUAAAAGGCUCCUGUUUAAUAGAUAUGUGAAUAGGAGCCUAUAAUCUCUGGCUAUCAUUGACAUCGUACUGUAUUUUGAUAUAAGUUGGCAUUUGACGACAAGAUCUACAAAAGAAACCACAUUGGACUCCAAAGCAAAAAAGAAAAGAAAAAAGAAAGAAAGAAAGAAAGAACUAGCGAAAGAAAGAAAGAAAGAAAGAAUGAAACGAGAGAAAAAGGAAGGGAUUUUAGAUAACAAAAAAGUUCAAACUCGGACAAAGUUCUAAAUUUUCUAGUUCUUUUAUUGUUUUCUCUUUGCGGUUUCCUCUUCGUUGGAUUCGCUCAGUUCUAUUUGUUUAACUACACUGAAAUAAUACUAAAAGAAAAAGUCCCACUUGCACACUUCUAUAUCAGAAGUUUCUGUACUUGGUAAUUAUAUGCCUUUUUUCGUGAGCUCAAACUCUCUCUUUCGUUUCAAUGCCUUCUCCAGAUCAAUGAAUCUGAACCCAAGAGCCUUGUCCGCGUUGCUGAGUCGAACCUUAGAACUGAGCACUUGCUUUGGUUCAAGAGAAUUUUGCUGAGCUUUCACUACUGCUUGUUCUUUACGAUUCACCAUGAAAACCUUGAAUUCCAGCGAGUUGGUUGGUGUAAAUCUGUAAAAUAAAUUGUCAAAGUCAA